AGACAGCCCAAUGGAGCCCACUGAAGAACCUUGUCAGAUUCGCAAAGAUAAGUUUUUAGACGUUCCUAACUUGUCAGAUUCUGUGUGUGAAGAUGAAGAAGUUAAAGCGACCUUCAAGCCUAGCUACUCCCCUCAGCCAAGCAGACGAGGGUCGGGAUCUUCUGAAGACACAUACCUGGACACCCCAACUUCAGCGUCCAGGAGGGUUUCCUUUGCUGACAGUCUUGGAUUCAGUCUUGUGUCCGUUAAAGAAUUUGAUUGCUGGGAUUUACCAAGUUCAACCGAUUUUGACUUAAGUAGAAACAUCUUCCACACAGAAGAAUAUGUUUUGUCUCCACUGUUUGAACUGCCCUCAUCUAAAGAAGAGCUUAUGGAACAGCUUCAAGUCCAGAAAGCAGUGCUGGAGUCUACUGAACACCUUCCCGGGUCGACAAGUGUGAAGGGCAUUAUUCGAGUUCUGAACAUUUCUUUUCAGAAGUUAGUAUAUGUGCGCAUGUCCUUGGAUGACUGGCAGUCGCAUUAUGACAUUUUAGCAGAAUAUGUUCCUAAUUCAUGUGAUGGUGAAACUGACCAGUUUUCUUUUAAGAUUUCAUUGGUUCCUCCGUAUCAAAAAGAUGGCAGUAAAGUUGAGUUUUGUAUACGCUAUGAAACUUCUGUUGGUACCUUUUGGUCAAAUAAUAAUGGCACCAAUUAUGUACUGGUUUGUCAAAAGAAAAGGAAAGAGCCGGAGCCCGUAAAACCAUUGGAAGAAGCUUCGAGUAGACAAAUAAAAGGCUGUUUAAAGGUAAAAUCAAGCAGUAAAGAAGAAUCACUGCUAACAUCUGAAGAAAAUAAGCUUGAGAAUUUGAAGUUCACAGAUGCCUACAUCCCAACCAUCAUUUGUUCUCUUGAGGACAAGGAUGACUUGGGAGCCAGUCAUCAAAAUGUAGAAGGUAUCAACAGGGAGCAUGAUGAACGUAGUGAAAAAGAAAUAGACUUGAUGUUAAACCAACGGCUGAUAUCUUCCCGGGAUGAAAAGAAGACCUUUUCAACAGAUCAAAUCAAUUUCACAUAUAGAGCUGAGGGGUCCGAGGAGAAGCAAGGUUACCAUGGAAUUCCUACUGACUUGUUCAGAAGGCCUUUGUCUCCAAGUUUACCAGAAGAAAUCCCCUUAAAGAAAGAUUUCUAUCACAGCAAAAACUAUUGCCCAGGAAAUGAAUAUGGUCAUACACCUUCAGAGGAGAUUCCUUCACAUGUGGGAGAAACUGGGCCAGCACUGGGAGAUGCUAGCUCUGAUGAAUUAACUCAACUGAACCUCUGCACCAAGGAAGUCCUCGAUGACAAUGCCAACCCAGCCCACGGGUCUGACAAAAUGCAAACAGUAUACUCCUCCUAUGACCAGCUAAUGGCAGGCAGUCUUCAAAAGAAUGAAGCAGGAGUCAAGAAAACUGGAAUAAAAGAUUACAAAUAUUCAAGAAGUGAUUUCUACUUGGAGGCAUCCACAAGUCUGGAAGAAUCAAAUGCAUCUUCAAAAGAUGCUUACACCGAGGACAGUGUUGCAGAGGAGCAGAACACAUGCUUAGGUGUUGAUGAAAAUCAAAGCCCGAAUUUUCAAUCAAUAUUCCAGAACCAAGAUAGACAAAUGGGGCAUCCCAAAAUACACAUUGAAGGGACUAAAGAGAAUAACAAAGAAUUAACCACUCUGCUAAGCAAAGACACUACAACCACUCCCUGGACAGUGCCAGUAGAUCCCUGUCCUUCGACAAAGAGAAAAGUGAAUUGGAGAGAAGCUGGCAACAGUACCAAUUUGGAACCAAGAGCUUCUCAUCUUGGUUCACCAAGAAAUGGCAAUGUUCUGACGGAUGAUUAUCUUUUUCAAGGUGAGAGGGGAAAAUCAGAUGCUAGUAGUCAGGAAGAUCAGCAUAUGAAUACCCAGCAUGAAAAAAAUUGGAAUGUUCUGGAAAGUCAGCCAGAAACAAGAGGGAUUGAAACAAAUAUAACCAAGCAGAUCAAAGAACAAGCAGAGUGUGAAGACGGGUGGGAAAAAAGAGACGACAUGAGAGGUCUGAAAGCUCCCCCUGCAGAACAAUUGUUUACCUGCCAAGAGACAGAGGGCUAUGAACUGUCUUCUCCAGCUCAUCAUGGUAUCACUGAGAAAGCAGAAGCACUUACAGCUUAUAUAAUUAAGACAACAUUAGAAAGUACUCCAGAAAGCAUGUCUGCUAGAGGAAAGGCAAUAAUUGCUAAGCUACCUCAAGAGACAGCACGAAGUGACAGGCCCAUCGAGGUAAAAGAAACAGCGUUUGAUCCACAUGAAGGCAGAGGGGAUGAUUCGCAUUAUACACUUUGUCAUGGAGAUACAGCAGGUGUAAUCCAUGUCAAUGAUUUUGAAAAGGAAUCCCAUUCAGCUAUUUGUAAUGUAUAUGUAGAUGAAAUGGAGAAGGAGGCAACCAUAUCACCACGCAAUCCUAGGAAGACACUUGACAAGGAACAACGUGGAAUUGGAAUUGUAACAUCUACAGACGAACCUUCACAGGUCAUUACAGGCAAUCAAAAAGCUACGUCAAACCUGGAUUUACAUUUGGGAGUGUUACCAACAGACAAAGCAAUAUUCCCGGAAAAUAAAGGUCUUGGGCUGCUUCAAGAAUCAUCAUGGAGAACAGACUUCGAUGCUGUUCAUUCUGCGUUUAUUUCAGACAGUGUCAGCCCUUCUCAGAGCAGCCCUCAAGUUUACAAAUGCCAGUCAAAAACUUCAGAACCCUCUUCCGGAUGGCCAGUUACAGAAGAGAAAGCAGUUACAAGCACAAUACUCCAGUCUUUUCCUACCAAAUCAGAAUAUACUUGCCAUCCAGAAAGUGAGAUCCUGGGCCAUGCCAUGUCUAAAUCUGAUGAUGUUUCCAAUAGUUUGGAAAUAAUGGAAUCAGGUAGUGGAAGAGAAAGACAUGUAGGUCGGAUUGUCCAACAAAAAGAAGGUAAAAGCUCAGAAAAAUCCCAAGGUCCAAUGAUUUUAAUCAGUGAACCUCUUGAGAAUCUGGAGAAGGCAAGGUCUGACAUUGAAGAAGUAAGGUGUUUUGAAAAGUCACAAAGCCAUUCAGAGGACAAAGGGUCAGAGAGCCCUGCUUCUGCUACUCUUUCUGACCAGAAUGUCCAAGCUCAGGUUACAGAGUCUCUGCUCUCCGCAUACAUCAACUCUAAAAUACCUUAUUUCCUUUUGUUUCUGAUAUUUCUAGUGACUAUCUACUACUAUGACUUAAUGAUUGGCUUGGCGUUCUACAUUUUUUCCUUGUACUGGUUAUACUGGGAAGGGGGAAGGCAAAGAGAGUCAGUCAAAAAGAAGUGAGGUUGACACAAUGACUGUUCUCUCUUGAAUGAUAAGCUAUUCUCUUGAAUGAUAAGCUAUUUAGUCCCAAACAUUUGGGUUGGUGAGAGAGACUAUUCAUUGUGCAAAGAGUCAGCGCAGUUUUUCUCAUGAAGGAACAUUUAAAAAGGAAUGCGUAUGAAGUUAGCUCCUUCAUAUAAGUAAUUAUUCUAUAUAGGACCAUUAUGCUUGGAUCAUUAAACACCUAUAUGAAUAUGAGGUCUGAAGCACGUCAAGUUGAAAUUAGGUACAGCUGUUGUUCCUUAGCAGGCUGUGAAGUCGUAAUGCUUCCUAUCUCUUCGCUGCUUAAAGUGCUAUUUCUUGGAAUCAUUUCUUUCACAGUAAAGCUUUGGAUAUUUUUUUUCCCUCAAAGCACUUUCUUUCCCCCUAUGGUUUUUAAAAAUAGAUAAAACACAGACAAUAGCAGAGAAAUUUUUUUUCUUUUAGCCCUUAGAAGUAGCGAUAAAAUUUUCAUUUAGCAGCGUGUCAUUUAUCAGCACAUAUUUAUAGAUCAAAUACUGAAAUUUCUAUUUUCUACCUUCAAGAACAUGCCCAUGUGUGUUACAAUAAAAAAAAACCUUAAGAUGGAAACAUGUAUUAUGCACACUCACUUUAUACUUCAUAUGCAUAGCCUUGUAUCUUUUUACACCUACAAUGGCACGGUGUUUAUGAAACGAAUUUGAUUAAUACUUCUGUAUCAAAUUGAAAAUUUUCAUGCAACUCUACAAAUUUUAUGGAUAGCCCAUUUUAAGCACCAUUUUUCAAUUGGAAGGGUAGACGAUGACAGAGUUAACAGUUUUAGUUUUAAGUAGUGUCCAGAUAUGAAAACUAAAACCUGUAAGCGUCAUGUUUGGACUAUGC